CUUUCAAGCAAUAUUUUUCGCGCUUUCUUCAGUGAAAUCUUCGUCAAAACGCUCCCUUCUUAUCUUCUUCAACAAAUCCUUUUAAGCAUCAGAACAAGAGAAAAACCCUACAACAAAAUUCAAUCUCAGAUUAGGUUAGGUUUUUGAUGUCGACACGAAAUCGGCGUUUGGCUUCAUCGUCAUCAUCAUCGACGGCGAAGAAGCCUUCGAUCACUGGGAAUCAGAGCAAAAAGAUGGGUGCUGCGAAGACACAAUUUAGUAAGAAGAGAGUCGCUCUUAGCGAUAUAACCAACCAAAGGAAUGGGUUUCCAAGCGGGUCACGGGCCAUGGUUACUCACUCAAAACCCAUGGUUCCCUGUACCUCCAAAGUUGCCAAGAAGAAGGAAACUUCUACUUUGCCUACCACUCCGAGUUUGGAAUCAUUUGAUGGUGUUUCUUGUAUAAAUACUAUUUGUACAAGAGAUGAUCACCCUACAACAAAAGUUUCAGCACUUCCUUUGCCAAGCAGCAUGGAUAUCUCUCCAUGCAGAUCACCUUGUGCUUCCGUUUCUUUGGAUGAGACAAUGUCUACUUGCGAUUCCUUGGAGAGUCCAAAGUUUGAAUAUUUAGAGAAUGAGGAUGUAUCAGCAAUUGAAUCGAUUGAGACAAAGGCAAAUGACAAUCUGUACAUAUCAGAGCUCACACAGAAAGAAGGAAAGAUUUCCAAGACAAACAUACAUUUGGAGAUGGGACCAAAUGAUGAUGCUUUUGUUGUUGAUGUGUCUUCCACAGAUCCACAGUUUUUUUCACCCAGUGUUCAUGUCAUUUAUAAGAAUUCGCGUGCAUCUGAGGCCAAAAAAAGGCUUUCUACAGACUUCAUGGAUAUGGUCCAGAAAGAUAUUGAUGCCAACAUGCGAGCUAUUCUCAUUGAUUGGCUGGUGGAGGUAACUGAAGAAUACAGGCUUGUACCUGAGACAUUGUUUUUGACUGUGAAUUACAUUGAUCGUUAUCUUUCUGGCAAUUCAAUUAACAGGCAACAGCUGCAGUUGCUUGGAGUUGCCUGCAUGAUGAUUGCUUCUAAAUAUGAGGAGGUAUCUGCACCUCAAGUGGAAGAGUUCUGUUAUGUUACUGAUAACACUUACUGCAAGGAUGAGAUUUUGCAAAUGGAAUCUUCUGUGCUGAAUUACUUGAAGUUUGAAAUGACAGUCCCAACAACUAAAUUUUUCCUGAGGCAAUUUGUUUGUGCUGCUGAAAUGAUCAAUCAGGUUCAAUUGUUGCAGUUUGAAUGUUUGGCCAACUACAUUGCAGAGUUAUCACUUCUUGAAUACACUAUGCUUCACUAUGCUCCAUCUCUAAUAGCUGCUUCUGCUGCUUUCUUGGCCAGAUUUAUACUCUCUCCUUCAAGAAAACCUUGGGAUUCUAUGUUGGGGCAUUACACGCUAUACCAGCCCUCUGAUUUUGGGAACUGUGUUAAGGCUCUGCAUCAUCUUUGCCGUAAUGGUGGUGGUGCUAAUUUGCCAGCAAUCAGAGAGAAGUAUAGUCAACACAAGUACAAAUUUGUGGCAAAGAAGUACUGCCCUGCAUCAAUACCGGAGGAGUUUUUCCAAGAUGUGUGAGCAAGUAGUAGAGUGUUUCAUUUUUGCUGGAUAUAAUAGUUUUUAGAUGUAAAAACGUUGAAUUUUUGAAGCUUAGAAAAUAGGAUCUUUAUUUCGCUUCCAUUUUUGGGAAAAAGCAUCUUUGAUGCUGCUGCUGAGCUAGUGAAGUACUUCAAUUCCAUACUCUUCUCUUGUCUGAAAAACAGUUUCAUCAUGAAUUUGUUUGUUAACUAAAUAGUUUACCGCCUCGAUUCCGUA